CUCAUUACAAUGUUAAAUUAAAAGUAUGAACAUUGAACAACAAUAAUUGUUUAAGGCAAGAUUUGAAUUUCCGCGCUCCGUCCAUAUACCACGUGACUCGCGGCCGUUUUCAAUAGUGCGUAAUCUGGUGGUCGAUUUUCGAAGCGUACCCGGGUUUCAUUAGUGGCGCUACCCCCACCAUCAAAGUUUCCGGACCUGUAUAUACGACCGUGAUGUUGGUCAGUGUUGGUGGUUAACCCGUUCGUUACAUAAACUCCGUGCAACUCCGUGGACCCGUCGUGAAUCGCGUACGAAACGUAACAAUUGCCCGUGUCCGGAUUUCGCUGAAUGUAUGUUUGAUGCGUUGCGCGUUGUUGGCCGCCGGGCGUGUCAACUGAUCGAACGGUAAGGUCCCGAACGCGUACGAACGCGCGCGAUAGUCGGAGGAUCCGGAUCGGUGCGAGCGUAACGUAAUCGAAGCGAUGAGCGAGAACGCGGAGAUAACUGGUGUCGUAUCGCCGGAGGAUGCGGCCGCCGCGGAGAAAUUCAAAGAGGAGGCGAAUGACUAUUUCAAAAAUCAGGACUAUAUGAAGGCGAUAGAAUUAUAUACGAAAGCGAUCGAGUUGAACCCAACAGUAGCUGUCUACUAUGGCAACAGGAGUUUCGCCUACCUGAAAACAGAAUGUUUCGGGUACGCGUUGACGGACGCCUCGAAAGCGAUCGAGUUAGACAAGAAUUACGUGAAGGGCUACUAUCGAAGAGCCGCCGCCCACAUGUCCCUUGGCAAGUUUAAACUGGCUUUGAAGGACUACAAGACCGUGACGACUGCCAGGCCGAACGACAAAGACGCCAUGGUCAAAUACACGGAGUGUUGUAAAAUGCUGAAAAUGCUUGCCUUUAAAAAAGCGAUCAGCGUUGAGGAAAACAAGAAGAAUAUCGCGGACAUGAUAAACCUAGAAGCUAUGGCUAUUGAAGAUGAGUACACAGGGCCGCAGCUCGAGGACGGCAAGGUGACGCUGGAGUUCAUGCUGGACCUCCUCGAGUGGUACAAAAAGCAGAAUAAAUUGCAUCGGAAGUAUGCGUACCAGAUACUCUUGGACGUGAAGACGUGGUUCAUGGCACAGCCUAGCUUAGUCGAUAUCACGAUUCCGGAAGAUAGCAAGUUUACUAUUUGCGGCGAUAUUCAUGGGCAGUUUUAUGAUCUGUUGAAUAUAUUCAAGCUAAAUGGGCUGCCGUCACCGACCAAUCCAUACUUAUUCAAUGGGGAUUUUGUAGAUAGAGGUUCUUUCUCCGUGGAAUGUAUAUUCACGCUGUUCGGGUUUAAGCUGCUGUUUCCGAAUCAAUUUUUUAUGUCCAGAGGGAACCAUGAGUCAGCGACAAUGAAUCAAAUGUAUGGCUUCGACGGAGAGGUGAAAGCGAAAUACUCGGCUCAGAUGGCCGAACUAUUCACGGAAGUGUACAACUGGCUGCCGUUAGCUCACUGCCUUAACAAUAGAGUUCUCGUGAUGCACGGGGGCCUAUUCUCAAGGGAUGAUGUCACCUUGCAGGAGAUCCGCGAGAUAGACAGGAAUAGGCAACCGCCGGAGGAAGGUCUAAUGUGCGAAUUAUUAUGGUCGGACCCCCAGCCGCAGCCGGGCAGGGCCCCAAGCAAACGGGGCGUCGGGGUCCAGUUUGGACCCGACGUGACCCACAACUUCCUGAAAAUGAAUAAUCUAGACUACAUCGUGAGGAGCCACGAGGUGAAGAACGAGGGCUACGAAGUCGACCACGACGGCAAGUGCAUCACCGUCUUCUCGGCUCCGAAUUACUGUGAUACGAUGGGUAACCAGGGUGCCUUCAUCACACUCAAUGGAAAGGAUAUGGAGCCACAUUUCACAUCCUACGAAGGAGUGCCUCAUCCGAACGUGAGGCCGAUGGUAUACGCCAACUCGCUACUAAAGUUCAUGUGCUAGUGAUCAAAUUAAAAUAAUAAACUAAUCGAGUGACGCGAACUGAGGGCUAAAAUAAGCAACAACAACAGACGAUGCGACUAUUGUUAUUAUCACUAUUAUUAUUAUUAUAAUUAUAGUUAUUGUAAUAAUAAUUAAAGUACCG